CGUUUUCAGUGACAAGGAGAACGAAUUUAAAAAUUUGUCGUAACUGUGGUCGUAACGAAAAUGGUUCUUAAGAAAAACCGAGAAAUAUUCUUAAAAGAAAUCAAUGAGAAGGAGAUAAAAUAUAUUAAAGUAUACGACGCCUAUAGGAGAAACUAUAACAAAACUACACAAACACCAAAGUUUUACUCUAAAUAUGAGGGCGAAGAAGCGGAUAUUGUCGACCCUGAGAUUUUGAAAAACAUCAUGUUCAUCAAAGAUUCGGGUCCAAAGGACAAACUCGAGUGGCCAGAAACGGAAAAUCAAAAAUACGGUUGGUUCAUUACGCCGUUGGUGGAAGUAGUCAAGUCCGAUCCUAGGUUCUAUUUUCCCAGAGUUGUCAAUGAGAUUACUAAGCAUGGCCUGAAAAUGUUACAGUGCAAGGCUGCCAACAUAAGAUAGCGAUCUCUAAAAAAUUGAAAAGUAAUUUUUUGCUUUAAAUCGCCCUAUUUUGUAAAUAAUAAUUCACGAUUUAUAUUAAAAAAUAUAUUU